ACAACGCCGUAAGCGGUUUGCAAAGGCGAGCCCUCGUUAUCGUUGUUUCGCAGUGGCAAUAAAAAAAAAAACAAACCAUGGCACAAAGACCAAGAGACAUCAUAAGUACAAUGAGAAGUAACGAGCUUGCUCGUGAAAAAGAGGAAGCAAAUCGGACACGCCGCAGGGCUGAUCUUGCUCGACGUCACGAGCAAGCUCGAGCACAGCUCUAUUUAAUUGAAGAAGAAUUCAUUCAGGAAGGUUAUGAUGUACCAGGUACUGCUUUGGACGAAGUUAUCUUUGAAAAUAAUAAUAAUAUUGAUCAACAUGCUGAUGAUGAUAAUGCUGAUGAUCGUGGUGAUUUGGGUGCUGCUGUUAAGCUUAAUGAUGAUCCUUGUGAUGCAAUUACUCGUCGUGAAGAGAUGUUACGAGGUAUAUCAGUCGGCGGUAUUGCUGGGGUACCAGUCCAUCGUAUUGCUCGUGUUGGUCGUCGUGGUGGUGGUGAUGGAAGAUUGAGAGGGGAAAAUACUGGACGUGGUAAUGCUGGGGCUGAUGGAGGUUAUGGAGGUCGUGCUGUAGCUGUCAAUCCUGGCCAGAUGCCAGUCGAUGACUCUGAACGUUUCAGAUAUUGGCGUAAACAAUAUUUCAAAUCCAUACUCAGUGGUGGUGAUGGAGGAUCACGAAGACAAGGACGAGGAGGUACACGAGGUAGACGAGGAAGUACACGAGGUGGUGGAGGUGCAUAGAAUAGUGGGAAAAAUGUCUUUUUUUUAUAAAAAAUUUUAUAAAGAAGUCUUAAUCAAAAAAAAAAAAAAACGUGAUA